UGUUUGUGCUGACACGUCGUAAGCUUUUCCAAACCACUUCUGCUCAUACGUGUAAGUCUUCUUUCGCUGUAGAGCAAGAGACGGGCCGGUCACUUACGAACCAUGGCACCUAAAGGUAGCAGCAAACAGCAAUCCGAGGAAGACCUACUCCUCCAGGACUUCAGCCGAAACCUGUCUGCAAAGUCCACCGCGCUUUUCUACGGCAAUGCGCUAAUUGUGUCCGCAAUUCCCAUUUGGCUGUUCUGGAGGAUCUGGCACAUGGACCUGGUCCAGUCAGCGGUCCUGUAUGCAGUCAUGACCCUGGUCAGCACCUACCUGGUGGCCUUCGCCUACAAAAACGUCAAGUUCGUUCUCAAACACAAAGUUGCCCAGAAGCGAGAGGAUGCCGUCUCCAAGGAGGUGACCAGGAAACUCUCUGAGGCUGACAACCGCAAGAUGUCUCGCAAGGAGAAAGAUGAGAGGAUCCUGUGGAAGAAGAAUGAGGUAGCGGAUUAUGAGGCCACCACCUUCUCGAUCUUCUAUAACAACACUCUGUUCCUGGUCCUCGUCAUCAUCGCCUCCUUCUUCCUGCUCAAGAACUUCAACCCCACAGUUAACUACAUCCUGUCCAUCAGUGCCUCAUCUGGUCUCAUCGCCCUACUGUCCACUGGAUCCAAGUAAAGGAGGAAAGAGAGAAAGAAUCUGAGAAGAGGGAAUGGGGUUGGGGUCAGGGGUCAGGGAGGGCUGGGGUGAAGCUGGGGGAUAGGGAGGAUAAUAAAAUAAUUCACAUUUCAGCUGUAAGUCUUCAUGAAAUUCAGGAUGUCACUCCAGGUCUGUCCUUCGCCUUUUGUACUAAUUCAUUAAAGUGGCCAGAUCAAGAA